AUGUUCAGCCUCGCCUCCCCCGCCCAGCGCGGCAGCGUGGCCGUGGAGGCCACCCGCCCCCGCCAGAAGUCCACCGCCAGGCACAUCCGGGCGCGUCCUAUCAAGUACAACCCCUCGGACCGCCGCCACAAGCCCGCUGUGUACAAGGAGCUGCCCCCGCCCCCGCCGGAGGUGGUGGUGGUGUCGUCCCAGUAG